AUGUUUAUGCCAACGAAAAAGGCAGCGCUGGGGCGGGCGAUGCGCGUGGCAUCGUCGCCAGCUGCCUCAUUGCCCAACUUUCUGAUCCCGGUGUGGCAAUCGACCGCCGCUACCACGGCAGCGCGACAGUUUUCGACGACCGGGCCACGACCUUCUAAACUCGGCCGCACUCCCCUCUCUGUGCCGCCGGGCGUGGAGCUGACACUGGGCGAGCCGAAAAUGAUCAACAGCAUGACUUCGUAUAAGCCCAAAGUCGUUAAGACGAUAACGGUCAAGGGACCUCUGGGGGAACUGAGCAUGGACGUGCCAAACUUUGUGCGGAUGGAGCAGGAUCUCGAUAACAGCAUGGCUAUGCUGUCGGUAGACGACGCCAACAUUGCGCAGCAAAAAGAGAUGUGGGGCACCACUUGGGCGUACCUCAAGAACCACAUCAUGGGUGUCUCCGAAGGCCACACAGCGAUCCUGCGACUCGUCGGAGUCGGAUACCGAGCGACCGUGGAGGAGCGCAAGAGCAAGGCCGAAUAUCCCGGACAAAAAUUUCUGUGUCUCAAGCUCGGCUUUACGCACCCGGUAGAGGAGGGCAUCCCCAAGGGCGUCACGGUGACGACGCCGGCGCCGACAAGAAUUCUACUCGAGGGCGCGGAGCGUGAGGUGCUCAUGUCCUUUGCGGGCAAGGUCCGCAAGUGGCGUCCCCCGGAGCCGUACAAGGGCAAGGGCGUCUUUGUCAACGACCAGACGAUCAAGCUGAAGCAGAAGAAGAUUAAAUAG